UAAUAAAAUGUCUGAAUAAUUGUUUUAAGGUGCAGGCCCCUGUGCGUCCACGUCUGGACCCUUUGCGCCGGAGCCCGGGGGCUGCUCUCCCUUGUGGAGCCCGGGCGCGUCCCACUGCGCCUGCGUCCCGCGGCACGCUGAGAAACAAACAGAGUAGCUAUUGUUAGCAGGGGAGCAGCCAGGAGGUUGUGUCAGAGUUUACCAAGCACCUGACGUUAUCUGUUGAAUAUUAACGCUCAUUUUUUUCAAGUGAGGGCCGAGUCACCAUCGAAGAACAAAGUCUGGGCUGUGGGCAGGUGAGGAAGGGAAAAGAGUUGGCGGAAGGUAAGGAAGAAACCGUGAAAAGGUAGAAGGAAAGAAGGAAGUAAAUAAGGACAACCACGACUGUUGGGAUCGGAACCCAACAGGUACUUCAGUGUUACAGCAGCGGAUCGGACCUGUUGUUUUUACACGUCGAAAAACAAACGGAGACAUCAAAAAUGCCUUUGGGACCAUGGAGGAAGAAAAACAAGUCGACCAAGGAGAAUUUGGUGGAAAACGAGGAGGUCAGCGGCGGACACGCAGGUGCUGGCAGCCAGAAUAAAUCCGCCGUGAACGGAGCGGGGCUCCCGCCUCCACCUGCCAACCUGCGGCCCAGGCUGGUGUUUCACACGCAGCUGGCACACGGAAGCCCCACCGGCAGGAUCGAGGGGUUCACUAACGUCAAGGAGCUGUACGCGAAAAUAGCACACGCGUUUAAUAUAAGCGCACCUGAGAUCCUCUUCUGCACCCUGAACACCCACAAGAUUGACAUGGAGAAGCUGCUGGGGGGCCAGAUCGGCCUCGAGGAUUUUAUUUUUGCCCACAUUAAAGGGAUCAAGAAGGAGGUAGAAGUUUAUAAAUCUGAAGAUGCUCUGGGCCUCACUAUCACUGACAACGGAGCAGGCUAUGCUUUCAUAAAGCGUAUCAAAGAGGGCAGCGUUGUGGACGGGGUCAAGGUGAUUUGCGUGGGCGACCACAUAGAAUGCAUUAACGGACAUAAUAUUGUCGGGACACGGCAUUAUGAGGUCGCUCGCAUGCUUAAAGAACUUCCCAGAGACAGAUCCUUCACCCUCAAACUGGUGGAACCAAUGAAGGCCUUUGAAAUGCUUGAGCCCAGGUCAAGAGGUACCAAACCUGCUAGUGACAACAAGAUCGGCACAGGGAGGAGUACUUUGAGACUUCGCUCCAAGGGCCCGGCUACCGUAGAGGACGAGCCAACAGAAUUUGAGGAGAAGGCUGUGAAGAAGGUGGACGACCUCCUGGAGAGCUACAUGGGCAUCAGGGACACUGAACUUGCUGCUACGAUGGUUGAGGUCGGCCGCGACAAGAAGAACCCGGAUGAAUUUGCCACGGCGCUAGACGAGACCCUCGGAGAUUUCGCUUUUCCAGAUGAGUUUGUCUUUGACGUCUGGGGGGCCAUCGGAGAUGCCAAGCAAGGAAGAUUUUAAGUUUGCUCCAAAACAUACACACAAACUCCUUCCUUACUCAACUCAACUCUUAAUAUCAUCAGAAGUCAGUUGGACAACCUGCACACAAAUGGGGGUGAAUGAAGUGUUCUUACUUCUUUUAGUGUUGACUUCAGUCACAUGGGUCUGCAUAAGGAAUCUAUUAGCGUUUUAGGGUAAUCCUGUGAGGAGAGCCAUGAAAUGUAGAACACAGUUUGCAAUGUUGGAUCUCCUGUGUGCUGAAGAGUUGGUGAUUGAUUCCAGAUGUUGUGCACACCUUGUGCACCCCACCUCAGAGGCAGCUCUAGCUGCAUUUUGAAAGCUCAUGAUACUGUUCUCUGUUUUUCAGUUAGAACAGCAAAUCUAUUUGACCGUGGUCUGUUAACACUGGUUAUAAAUGGUACAUGCACGCCAUAUAUUUUACUAUUUGAAUCACACUUCAUAGCUGUGUAAUUUUGAAUAUCCAGCUGCAUCACACGGCUUUUUAUGUUUUUAUAUGUGAAAAUACUGCCGACUUUACAGCAGCGGAAUUGUGUAAUUAGUGUAAUUAUAGUGAUUGUAGUAAUAUUUCUUUCUCCCAUCUUUUAAGACCUUUUAAAUGAUCUCAGUGAUAAAAAGUAAGAACUGUGACCACGUUCGCACGUCUGUUAGCUGCAGUUUUCUUUUCUCUGUGCCCUUAAACAUCUCAGCUUCAGUCUCGUCUCUGUCGAUGCAAAGAAGAGGGUUUUAUCAUCAGUCGACACAUAUAUUCCUUGUUUCGUGUUGUUGUACGUUAGCACUGUUAACGUCAUGAAAUGAGGUAUAUUUAGAUUUUAUGAUUUUGUUCUUGUAAUUUAUUUUAUGUAAAAUCAAAUGCUAUAAGACAUAUUUACAGUGAGAUAUGGCUCAAUGUGAAAGGCACUAUUUAAAUCACUCUCAACCUGAAUUGAAAUAGUGACUUAAUUAGUGUCGUCCAUUGAAGUCAACUGUCCACAGCAGCUGCAUAUAGUUUGACAAACCAUAAGGGAGCACUUUUGUAGGACAGACAAUAAACGCUGAUAUACUGUU